AACAUCGCAGUCAAAAGAGGAAGUGACGUCAUGUCAGGCCAGCCGUGCUAUUUUAGGUACGAAACUGAAAGGUGUUUUUCCAUGACUCAAUCUCAUGACCAAAAAGCAGACGUUGCCCAGUCAGUUACAGACGAGCGUACAAAGCGUAACGUCUGCAGUACUAGUGUUCCUCCGUCAGAUCUUUUCAACGUCGGACGGCUUUCUUCUGUCUACCCAACGUCUGUGUCUUUUGGGGACACGGAAGUGAACACUACACAGCUCCUUUUCCCGGCACGACACGUGUAAUCACUGACGAUGGCGACCCCACCCGAGGAGAUCAUUGGACAAAUGAACGAAGAGGAACAAGGCAUGUUUAGGAGCCUGGCCACUGCCGGUGGCGUGAAGAAAGCUGAGAUCCUGAAAAAGAUUCAAACGUACGCUGCAGAAAAUAUGGAGGCUUGGAAGAACCAGAAGGUGUGCGUGGGCAUCGUGGGUGACCCCGGAGCGGGAAAGAGCACCUUCAUCAACUCCAUCCGCGGGCUGAAGCCGAAAGCUCCUGGUGCCGCUGAAGUCGGCGUUACGCAUACUACCGAAGUAGCCACCGACUACCCCCACCCAGCACGCCCGGACAACCUUGUCUUCGUCGACUUCCCCGGCGUUCUCCUGGAGAAAGGGAGUGGUGACCAGCGCGACUUCGACAUCCAACAGUAUCUCACCAAGUUCGGGGAGAAGAUGGAGCAAUGCCACGUGUUCCUGGUGUUCAGCAGCGGCCGCAUCCAGCACAACGCCGUGCAGAUCGGAAUGAAGGCCCGGGAUAUGGGGAAGAAGGUUCUGUUCGUCAGGUCACAGUUCGACAAAGACUUGGCGGACAAGCAGAACGACGACCCCGAGUACUUCGACGACAAGACCGAGGCCGACCUGAUGGAGGAACUCCGCCAAGAUUACAUCAAAGUCCUGAAGAGGGUGGGAUGGGAGGGCGAAGUCAACCCCAAAGAUGUCUUCAUCAUCAGCGGCCGUCUCAACCACGUGCUGAAGGGAUCCUGGGACAUCCCCAAGUUCCGGAAGUCGGUGUUCGAGAGUCUGGGCGCUCUCCAAAGGAUGGUCGUCAUCAACACCUGCCGGGACUUCUCCAAGGCCACAAUCAAGGAGAGGGGAGACAUCUACAGAAGCAAUAUGUGGAAGGUUGCUAUGGCGGCAACUGCAGGCUCCUUGGUUCCAUAUGCAGGUGCUGCGGCUAUUCCAGGUGCCCUCGCAGUCGCGUACAAAGAGUACAAAGAGGGGUUUGGCCUUACAGAAGACGCGGUGGAACAGCUCGCCAUGAUGACCAAGAAGAAUCCGGGGGAGCUCAAGCAGUUCCUGUCUUUCAGCCUGUUGGCUGGGUCGAGGGGUCCUAUCGGGGACAAUGAGGCAUUGGCUGUCGUCCAGGCAAUCUGUAACGGAUUAGGUUUGCUAACUGCCGCUGCUGUUGACCAAACUGUAGAUAUAAUCUUUCCUGUGAUUGGCGCGCUUGUCACAGCCCCGCUGGCCUAUGGUAUUACGACCAAAGUCCUGAAUGCGUUGAUUUCGCGCAUGGAGGAUUGCGCCGGCCAGCUGUUUGAUUACGCCUUCAAGGAAAGUGCUGUGUGAAGGUUCUUUAAAGGUGUUUUGAGAUUUAGAGGCCACACUUAGGGGCGCUUGAAGAGCAACUUUGAGGUGUUAGCUACAUUUGUUAUUAAUUUUGUGGUGAUGAUGACAAAAGAAUGCACACUUGAUAUAAUUUUGUGCUGCAUUUGAUGAGACAAUUAUGAGGUGAUGGACAAAGAAGAAGAUGGUGCAUAGGCGUUGGUUUAUUGUUUGAGAAAUCUAUAGAAAACUAUCAUCCUUUUUUAAAAUUAUCAUUUUUUGAAUGUCUAAGAUAUGUAACACGUUACCGCACAUGUAUUAUAGCUGAUGCA